AUGUCUAAUACCGAAUCAUCAAGAUUAUAUGAGACCAUUAUUGAUGAAGUUAUUAAUGACUCCAGACAAGAUUUCGAAAAUAGUGGGAUUGAAGAAAGUACUUUACAAGAAUUAAAAAGAAUAUGGUGUGAAAAAUUAACACAAAGUCAAGUAGCUAAAUUUUCAUGGGAUAAUCAACCAACAUUUCAACAAAAUAUUUCACAUCAACCGUUUGAUAAUGAUAUUAAGUUAGAACAUCCAGAUUUAUUAAGUUAUAAUACUGGAUCAGUAAAUAAUGUUAUAGGAGAUAAUAAUGAUUUGGAUAUUCAAAUUCCUAAUAUGACGAGUUUUAAACAAGAAUAUGAUGAUGAUGAUAAUGGAUUAAUGUUACCAACAGUAACUCAAACUGAUGGAUCAAAUUUUGAAAUAACUUUAGAUAAUGAUAAUGCUAAAGAAUUCAUAAAUAACCUUAAGAAACUUAAAGGAGUUGAUGGGGUUUCUGAUGAUGAUAAUGAUUUAUUUAAUGAUUCAGAUGAUAUAAAUUCCGAAUUAGAUGAUGAUUUAGAAAGUGGUAAAAGUGAUGAUGAAGAAAAUGAUCAAGAUGGUCAUAUAAUGUUAUGUCUUUAUGAUAAAGUUCAAAGAAUCAAAAAUAAAUGGAAAUGUAAUUUAAAAGAAGGAGUGGCUAAUAUCAAUGGCAAGGAUUAUGUUUUCCAAAAAGCUACAGGGGAAUCAGAGUGGUAA